AUGCGCGACUCGGCUUCGCCGUCGAAUAGCUAUAAGAGGGAUGAAUCUGCUCACUCAAGGGGUCGAAGUCGGUCAAGAUCGAGGUAUGCUUCUAGUGCACUCUAUUUAUCCGUAAAUAGCAGGUCCAGAUCGCCAACCCCAAAAAGUUAUCGUCGAAGAAGAAGUAGGAGCAGCAGUCGGGACUACAGAUCCCGUCGCGCGAGCGGUUACUCGAGUAGUUAUGGUUAUCGGCGUGGACAGCCAAGGGACAAUCCAGUUCCUUCUCGAUGUAUCGGUGUUUUUGGUUUGUCGCUAAGCACCACGGAAAGGGAUCUCUAUGACCUCUUCUCUCGCUAUGGAGAGGUGGAGGACGUGACCAUCGUAUAUGACAACUUCACGUGUCACUCAAGAGGAUUCGGUUUCGUAUACAUGAGGCACCUUUCUGAUGCUAAGGAGGCAAAGCACGAUGCUCACGGUACUGAGCUCGACGGGCGUCCCAUUCGGGUAGAUUAUAGCGUUACUGAAAGACCCCAUUCUCCGACUCCCGGUGUUUAUAUGGGGAGGCCAACAAGGCGCUGCGGUGCUCGUCGGCGCACACCUUCACCAAGGCGUCGGUACUCACGUUCACGCUCUCGAAGCUAUGAUUAA